AUGUCGAAAUUCACCAUAACCCCCUCAGAGGUGAAACAGGAGCUUCUGGAGCUAAAGUUGUCCAAGGCGGCUGGACCGGAUGGAGUCCAUCCAGCCAUCCUAAAGCCCCUGGCUGAUGUGUUGGCCGAACCCCUAGCCAAACUGUUCAACCAGUCACUGUACGCAGGGAAUUACCCACAGACCGGAAGGGGCUCCAAUCAGCAGUGGAUUGAUCUGGGCUAUUUACGUUAUUUAGGCGUUGGUCGCUUUGAUGUGGGACUGACUACAUGCUAG